AUGUUUGACGCGGCCUCAUCAGCUCAGAACGCUCAGGGUAAUCCCUCACCUCAGUACCAGCAAGCCUACCUCUAUCAUCAGCAACAGCAGCAGGCUCAGCCGAUGAUGAGUACCAAGGCUACUGCUGGCAAUAGCAGUCCCAGCGAGGAAGCCACUACGUGUGCUCCCUCGGUCCACACUGAACCCUCCACACCGCCGAGCUCGUCUGCGGAUCCUCUGUCCCAAUUCGCGGCCACUGCUCCCGACUAUUCUGCCUAUGCUGCUCAGGCUGUGAGUAACUACGGCCGAGUUGGUCAUAAUGGCGCCAACUAUGGUGGAUACGCUCCAGUUUAUAAUAACGGCCCUCAAUAUGACCAUACUUAUGCUGGCCAGAACGGCUCCUUCGGCAGCUACCCUGGUGCCUACGGUGGAGCCUAUCCUGGCAUGUACAGCGGCUACUAUGGGCAGUAUGAGGACCAGUUGGGAGCAAGCCUUAUCCCUAUCAACUGGCAGGACACUCAGCUCGUUGAACUGCGCAAGAACUUCUAUGUUGAAGAUCCUCGUGUGGCGGCUAUGACUCCUGAGGAGGUCGAUCAAGUUCGUCGCACUCUUGAUAUUGAAAUUCUUCGCGGUGAGAACGUCCCCAACCCGAUUCAGACUUUCGACGAAGCCUGUCUUCCUGACUACAUCCUUAAGGAGAUCAAUAGGGCUGGCUUCGAGAAGCCUACGCCUAUCCAGGUCCAGGGGUGGCCGGUUGCUCUAUCUGGUAGAGAUAUGGUUGGUAUUGCUGAGACGGGUAGUGGUAAGACCCUGGCCUUCAUGAUCCCAGCUGUUAUCCACAUCAACGCCCAGCCCUACCUCCAGAAGGGUGAUGGUCCCAUCGUCUUGAUCCUAGCACCUACUAGGGAGUUGGCCCUUCAGAUCAAGGCCGAGUGUGAUAGGUUCGGGAGAAGCUCCAGAAUCACCAACACGUGCGUGUACGGUGGCACUCAACGUGGGCCCCAGGCUAGGGCCCUCCAGAAUGGUGUUGAGAUCUGCAUCGCCACGCCUGGCCGUCUCAUUGACUUCCUGGAGUCCGGCACUACCAACCUCAAGCGUGUGACCUACCUGGUCAUGGACGAGGCUGAUCGUAUGCUCGAUAUGGGAUUCGAGCCGCAGGUUCGCAAGAUCGUGUCCCAGAUCCGUCCGGAUCGUCAGACCCUCAUGUGGUCGGCGACGUGGCCUAAGGAGGUGCAGCAUCUGGCGAGAGACAUCUGUAACGAGGAGCCCGUCCUGGUCACUGUCGGCCGCUCUGGUCAUGCUUGCCAUAAUAUCCAGCAGUACGUGGAGGUCGUUGAGAACAAUGUGAAGCCGGAGCGUUUGCUGGCCCUUAUGCAAGCGGCCUCAGCUGCUACCGGUGGUGGCUGGACUGCCAAGACCCUCAUCUUCUGCGACACUAAGCGUGGCGCCGAUGAUAUCACUCGUCUCCUCCGUCGUGAUGGGUGGCCUGCUCUGUCCAUCCAUGGUGACAAGAAGCAGAGUGAGCGCGACUGGGUCCUGAACCAGUUCAAGACCGGCAGGUCUGCGAUCAUGAUUGCGACUGAUGUUGCCAGCAGAGGUCUUGAUGUGAAGGACGUGAAGUAUGUCAUCAACUAUGAUUUCCCCGGCACCAUUGAGGACUAUGUUCAUCGUAUCGGACGUACUGGUCGUGCUGGAGCUAGCGGCGUUGCUUACUCGUUUUUCUCGCCUGACAAGGGCAAGUUGGCCCGUCAACUCGUCAACUGCCUGCGUGAGGCCAAUCAGUCGGUGCCCGAGGCCCUGGAAACGAUCGCGUUCGCUAACGACCGCUCUAACAGCGGUGGUAAGGGUCGCGGUAAGGGCAACUACGGUGGAAAGGGGCGUGGGUUUUAUGGUAAGGGCAAGGGACGUUUUGGCAAGGGCCGUGGUAAGGGUAAGGGCAUGAACUUCUCUAUUACUGGAGCCAACUCGAUCCCUGUCGGAAACGCGGGUCCGAGCAAGGGUAACGGUCCGAGAUAUCAAGGUUUUGAUAACGCUGGGAUGCAUUAAUAGGGCACCUCAUUGAGCUCCUCCUUUCGGUAUCUUCAUCAUCAUCAUGGCUGAGUGGCCGCUGAGUCUGAUGGUUACUACCGUCUGAAGUGAGGAACUCCUACUUUGUCCGACUAUUUCGGUAGAACUGCUGUAUAUAUACCUUCUUGGUUGCUAUUGUCCAUCUUAUAUCGAGUCUUAAUGGGUUGCAUUGUAAUGUUUCUCCCCGUUCUUACUCGUUUUUUGUGGUAUUGCUGCUGCCAAUUAACGUCAUUAUUAUAUUCAUAAUCCUCGACUUAUGUCCACGACUAAGAUCGUAACGAUUCUCUUAUGAUCGAGUCACAUUUAUUUGCCCAACCGGGCCACGCUAUUUGCUGUCUAUGUUCACACCUGAUGAUGGUUGUUUUCCUAGUGGUUGAGCAGCUGUACUAGAUCGAUAGUAGCUUUCAAUGAGGUUUAUCACCCCUUGUUCACGUCCUUUCUGGUCUCAGCUCUCCACCACCAUUACUGCUGGUGCUGGCAGUAGCAACAUCAUCGUCAUCAUGAUGUUACUAAUUCUUAGUAUUUUGUCUCUCGCACUCAUCGAGUACCCAUCCCUAUAGUGAUGGCGAAUUUGCUUUCCUUAUCGUAAUUCGGCUGCUGGCUCUCUAUUAUUCGGUCGUUGAUACAAGUUUUGCGAUCUCACAGACUGGGCUCCGUGAGGCCGGCAAGAGCGCAGUCACGAAUUACUGUUAUUAUCGUUUCUGAUUCGUGUGGUAUUCGAUGAGCCUCCUUUCUCUACCGUUGUGGUAGAAGGAGCGAAGGCAGCAAUAGCGGCUGUAAGCAAUAGGGCGUUUGUCGAGGUUGAUUUCACCGAUAGCUUUAAUGACGUGCACCUACCGUUUUAGAGGACGACACUUAUUCAUCACCUCUUAUUCAAUUUCCUCACUG